AUGGUUUCGCCACCAGAUUCAUCAUUAUUCAAGGAUUGUAAACAGGUCACGGAUACUCCAAACCUAGCGAAUGUUUUCCUUCGUCUCUCUGAUCUCGCUGUCUUGUCCGUGCCGUUCCCAGGUGACUACGAGGUGUCGAUCAAGUUCAACGACGAGCACAUUCCCGACAGCCCCAUCAUUGUGCCAGUGGCCUCCCCCUCGGACGAUGCUCGCAGACUCACUGUUGCUAGUCUUCAGGAGUCUGGCUUGAAGGUGAACCAGCCUGCCUCCUUCGCAGUCAGCCUGAACGGAGCCAAGGGAGUCAUCGACGCCAAAGUGCACAGCCCAUCUGGAGCUCUGGAGCAAUGCUGCGUUACAGAGAUCGAUGAAGACAAGUACGCAGUUCGCUUCAUCCCUCGCGAGAACGGACUGUACCUGAUAGACGUCAAGUUCAAUGGCUCUCAUAUCCCAGGAAGCCCCUUCAAGGUCCGGGUUGGGGAAACAGGACAGGCUGGCGACCCCGGGAUGGUGUCUGCAUACGGGGCAGGGCUGGAGUCUGGGACCACAGGAUCCCCAUGCGAGUUCAUUGUGAACACCAGUGCCGCCGGUCCUGGUGCUCUGGCGGUCACUAUCGACGGCCCCUCUAAGGUCAAGAUGGACUGUCAGGAGUGUGCCGAGGGUUACAAGGUGACCUACACGCCCAUGGCGCCGGGCAGCUACCUGAUCUCCAUCAAAUACGGGGGACCCUACCACAUUGUGGGCAGCCCUUUCAAAGCCAAGAUCACCGGUCCACGUUUGGUGACAAGUCACAACCUCAACGAGACCUCCUCUGUCUUGGUGGACUCCGUCGCGCGCUCUCAGGCUGUUCUCCAGCAGGGGGCGCCCUCUCGAGGUACCUCUGAUGCCAGCCGUGUGGUGGCCAAGGGCCUAGGCCUCUCCAAGGCCUAUGUGGGCCAGAAGAACAGCUUUAGCGUGGACUGCAGCAAAGCAGGGAACAACAUGCUGCUAGUGGGAGUGCAUGGCCCCAAGGUCCCGUGCGAGGAGAUCAUCGUGAAGCACCAGGGCAAGCUGCUCUACAACGUCACGUACCAGCUCAAAGACAAGGGCGACUACAUCCUGGUGGUGAAGUGGGGCGAGGAGCACGUUCCCGGGAGCCCUUACCAAGUGUCUGUCCCCUAAAACAUGCCAUCCCUUUAAAACUGCGCACCUUCACAAAUCUAGACCUCCUGUUGGCUGAUACCAAACCCAGUGCCUUUCUGUUCUGAAUUGCCUCUUUUUACACUAAAACUAACAAUGCUGUUAAGUAUUUUCUCCUCCAGCAUGCAGUAGAAAUGCAUGCAUACAUACACGCAUACAUAAUAAGACUGAUGUUUAAAAUGCCUUUUCCCCCAAGUGCAUUAUCUCAUUUAAGUGCUGUAACGAUGUCUUGCUACACUACUUAAUAUAAAUUUAAAAGGAAAAAAUACAUAUUGUUGAACAUACUGGCCUCUGAUCAGAAAUGUUUUGUGCAACAGGAGGUCAUUUUUUUUGUUCACUCCCUAUUUUGUGUCCAAAUGUUUCAGUGACUUAAAUGUUGUUCGGAAGCUAUUGACUGUUACAAGUUUGAAAUCUAAUGUCUUUAUUUUUUACUGUUUUUGACAAACAAAUUCAGUUUCUUUUGUGGUUAAAAAGAAGAGUAUUCUAAAGUUUGUUUGCGCUGUUGUAGUUACAAACCAGCCUAUCGGAACACAUUACUCCUUUGUGUAACCCCGCCCCCGGCAUGGAAGCUGAGCAGAGCUUGAAGAGGGGAUUCUGGGAGUAGAAUAAAAUCAGAUUUCAAAUUAAUGUUCACAAGCUUGUAGGAUACUUUUUUUUUUCUUAAUUGUUAAUUUCAUGGCUUUGACUAAAGCAUUUCUAGCUUACACAAGUACGUGUUGGUUUAAUGUUAAGAAAAAAAUAAAAGCAGUUGGCCUAAUUCUUUCUAACCAUUUUCUCUGCCUUUUCAUGCACAUUUUGUAGUUCUGUCCUUUUUAAAAAUAUUACAGAAAAAAAAAGUUCUUUAAUAAAGUAUGCUUUACUACAAA